CUGGCAGUUGAGUGAUGCUCAUAGGGGGCGCGGUCUUGUUAUAGUAAUAUGAGGCGGAGAUACUACUGUAUUACUGAUCAUCCUGGGCAGUAAACACUAGACGCCCUCUAAGUCCUUUUUAUUAACUCGGUGCGGUAUGCAGAGGGGAAGUCCUGCAGAACAGUGACAAGUCCGGGAGGGGGAGGGAAAGUAGGCCCGUAAGAGUAGAGAUGUACUGAGGGCUGAAGAAGGAAGCAACAUUCCAGGGCAUUCCAGGCGAGCAGCAUGACAGGAAGACGUUUUACUUUAAACUGAAUCAGGCCCAGCAAGAAGGCGAGGACCAAGGCCCACACCCGUAACUUGAAAUAAUCAGAAAACGCUAAAUGUGAACAACAUAACUAGUCACAGCACUAGUGUCCAAAAAGCGGCGGUACAAUCACUUCAUAAGUGAGGUUGGGACUCAAAAAGUAACAAAAUGGCUGAAGCUCAUCAGGCUGUGGCAUUUCAGUUUACUAUUACUCCUGAUGGCAUUGACCUCCGCCUCAGUCACGAGGCACUAAAACAGAUCUACCUCUCAGGACUCCGUUCAUGGAAGAAGAAACUAGCUCGUCUCAGGAAUAGUUUCAUCACUGGAGUUUACCCUGCCAGUCCUUACAGCUGGCUUUUUGUGGUUAUUGCAAUCUUGGGGACCAUGUAUGCCCGUGUGGAUCCAUCCAUGGGUAUGAUUGGAAAGAUCAAAGAAAAUCUGCCAGCAAGCGAAUAUUUAUCUCAUCAAGGACAGAGCAUUGUGAGUGCCCUAUUGUUUUCUACAGGCCUGUGGUUUGCACUUAUCAUGACAAUGAGAUAUAUUCUUAAACAACUUCUGUCUUACCAUGGCUGGAUGUAUGAGCAGCAUGGAAAAAUGUCUGCUACAACUAAGUUGUGGUUGACAUUGGUAAAGAUUUUCUCAGGGCGUACACCAAUGCUUUACAGUUUCCAGGCAUCACUCCCUCACCUCCCUGUUCCAACUAUAAAAGAUACCAUACAAAGGUAUUUGGAGUCUGCUAAACCUCUUAUGGAUGAUGAGGAGUUCAAACGUAUGGCAGCACUAGCAAAGGAUUUUGAGAUAAAAAUGGCUCCAAAACUACAGUGGUACCUGAAGCUGAAAUCCUGGUGGGCAUCCAACUAUGUUAGCGAUUGGUGGGAAGAAUAUAUCUACUUGCGUGGAAGGGGGCCCAUCAUGGUGAACAGCAACUAUUAUGCAAUGGAUUUUCUGUAUGUCACUCCAACCCCAAUUCAAGCAGCUCGUGCAGGCAACGCAGUCCAUGCUAUCCUGUUGUAUCGCCGUAAAUUAAGUCGGGAGGAGCUGAAACCGUUGAUGAUCCAAGAUUGUUUGCCAAUGUGCUCAGCUCAGUGCGAGCGCAUGUUUAACACAGCUCGUAUCCCAGGAAUUGAAACAGACACUAUCCAGCAUUAUUCGGACAGCAAACACAUUGUGGUCUAUCACAAGGGACGCUUCUUUAAAGUGUGGGUUUACCAUGGUGGUCGCUUGCUUAACCCCAGAGAGCUGGAGCUUCAGUUUCAACACAUCCUAAAUGACACAAGCUCUCCACAGCCUGGAGAAGAAAAACUGGCUGCUUUAACUGCUGGCGAGAGAACAACUUGGGCCAAAGCUCGUAAAGCUUAUUUUCGGAGUGGAAAGAAUAUGCAGUCUCUGGAUCUUGUGGAGAGAGCAGCUUUUUUUGUCACUUUGGAAGAUAGCGAGCAGGGACUGCGGAUUGAUGAUCCAGUGAAUUCUUUGGAUGCCUAUUCUAAAUCUUUGUUGCAUGGGAAAUGCUACGACAGAUGGUUUGAUAAGUCCUUUAGUUUUGUGGUGUUCCAAAAUGGCAAAGUGGGACUCAAUGCUGAACAUUCUUGGGCUGAUGCACCCAUCGUUGGACAUAUGUGGGAGUGGAUGUUGGCUACAGAUUGCUUUCAGCUUGGAUAUAAUGAUGAGGGACACUGUAAGGGUAAAGCCGAUUCUACUUUGCCUCUGCCACAAAGAAUGCAGUGGGACAUCUCUAAUGAGUGUCAAGAGGUCAUCGAAACAUCACUGAAUGUAGCUCAGUUGUUAGCCAAUGAUGUUGACUUCCACGCAUUUCCUUUUAAAGAAUUUGGUAAAGGCUUGAUUAAAAAGUGUAAAACCAGCCCUGAUGCUUUUAUACAAAUAGCUCUUCAGCUUGCACACUACAGGGACAAAGGAAAGUUCUGUCUAACAUAUGAGGCAUCCAUGACACGACUUUUCAGAGAAGGGCGAACAGAAACUGUCCGUUCAUGUACUGUUGAGUCAUCUGACUUUGUAAAAUCUAUGAUGGAUAAAUCAGCAACUAAUGAGGAACGGCUGAGACUUUUCAGAUAUGCAGCUGAUAAACAUCAAAUGCUUUACCGCAAUGCUAUGACUGGUGCUGGAAUUGAUAGGCAUCUUUUCUGCCUUUAUGUUGUAUCCAAAUACCUUGGAUUGGAUUCACCUUUUUUGAAACAGGUACUAUCUGAACCAUGGCGCCUGUCAACCAGUCAGACACCAAUUCAGCAGGUUGAACUCUUUGACCUGGUGAACCAUCCAGAAUACGUCUCAUGUGGCGGUGGCUUUGGACCUGUGGCUGAUGACGGCUACGGAGUCUCUUACAUUAUUGUUGGUGAAAAUCUAAUUAACUACCAUAUAUCAAGCAAAUUCUCCAGUAGUGAGACAGAUUCUCACCGAUUUGGCAAACACAUUCGGGGAGCUCUUCUGGAUAUUUUGGCCUUGUUCAAUCUUAAUACAAAAUAGGCUGUUUUCAUCUUACAAAAAAACUCUACACAAAGAACAUCUGUAGAUUACAUAAGGAGAAGGAAGAAAAACAAAUAAAUCAUUGCAGCCUAAAGGGACCAUUUGGUAGUUUAUCAUCCAGAAUGCAUAUGUACUGAACUCAAUGCAUACCAAUGCACUGCCUUACAUGCGCAAACAAAUAGGUUUUAUACAUUACUAUAGUAGUACAAUCACAAAUUCAGAAAGUCAGUACUAAACCAGCUUAAUUUUGUUCAUAGGCACAUAAUAUACAAUAACACAUACAUGCAGGGACUAUAAUAUGACUAAACGCACAUGUGCACUGUCCUUUUAAAGAAUUGUAAUGUGAACUUCUAAUGCAAGAUGCAGAAUUUGUGCACAUUCCUUGUUCCUUUUAAACUAAGGAAAAAUGGCAGUAGCUGUUCUUAAACACUCAAAUGAUAGAUUCUGUAAAGCAUAAUUGUAAAGAAUAUAAAAGAAAGAACACUGAAACCCUGACCUCAGGGGUGCCAACAUAGAUUGUUUACACAACUAGGUAGGAGGCUGAGGUAUAAUUUUAAAUGCUUCAUGAAUAUUGUGUUGAGUGCUAAGUCAAGAAUAACCUAAUAUAAGAUGUGAUUGUAAGAGUUAUUUGUGAGCUGGUGCCUUACCUGGUUACAUUUUGAUUUUAGUGCUCUCAAUGAAAAAAAGCCCAGGUUUUAAAUACUUGCCAAAUUUUAACAGGCGCCUGAGUAAUGCAUUUUAGUAAAGGAACAGGAUCCUGUUUGUUAAAAAAAAGUUAUUUGUUUUUAUUUGCUGCUAUUUGUAUGUUGGCUUCAUUUAUUUCAUAUUUGUUUUCUCCAGUAUUCUUUAAAAUAUGUUCUGGCUUUGUUCUAUAAAAUUUGAUUCUAGUUAGCGGAUACUUUUAUUGUAAUUAUUUUUUUUAUUGGUUUAGUUAAAUCUUAAAAUAUUACAAUGCUCUGUUUACUCUUCCCAAAUUACAUUGCUACCCUGUAGUACUUUGAAUGCACCUAAGAACUGUAUAUACAUCAUUAGGUGUUUGCAGGUGACUUUAAAAAAACAACAUAAAAUAUUGUGUAGUUUCAUAGCAUAUAUUACACUUCAUUGAUUUAACAAAAUAAAUCUCAAUCACCUUGAAAUAGCUAA